AUGUCUUAGACCAUCGAGGCCAUGCCUACUGAAGUCAAGGACAGAUUCAAGGCUCUCAAAGUUCUCUAUGAUUAACAAAUGGAGAUUGAUGAAGAAGAAGAGAAACUAUAUAGAGAAUUAGAGUUGAAGUACGAUAAAUUGUAUUAGGAAGUCUAUACUCAAAGAAAAUAAAUUCUGUUAGGAACUCAGGCACCUCCUGAAGCUCUCUUUGCUGAAUAUCAAGCAAGAGCAGAGGAACUUUAUGACGAGGAUUACAAAAAGGUCGAGGUCAAUCCUAUCGAUGUGAAAGAUAUCCAGAACACUCCCCUCGGAGUCUAUGGAUUCUGGUUCAAGGCAAUGCUAAAUCACGUCUUAAUGGGCAGACUCAUCCAAGAGAAGGAUAGACCAAUCCUUAUGCACCUCUAGGAUGUUGAAUGUGUUCUUCACACUGAGGGUUACGGCUACGAUAUCGUCUUCACAUUUGAAAAGAACGAUUACUUUUCAAACGAGACUCUUAAGAAGACCUUUGUUAUGACUAAAUAAAACGUGAUUGAGAAAUGCGAAGGUACUGUAAUUGCAUGGAAAGACGGUAAAGACGUAACAAAGAAGAAGGUCAAGAAGAAGAACAAGAAGAAGGGCCCAAAAUAGAAUGUCGUCAAGACUGUUGAACAAGAAAGUUUCUUCAACUUCUUCAAGACCAUCGUUAUGCCAGAUGAAAGUGAACUUGCUUCGAAAGAAGUAGCAGUACCUAAAGAAGGUGAGGAAGAAGAGAAGGAUGCUGGUGAGCUUAUGGACGCUGACUUUGACAUUGGAAAUGAAUUCAAAGAUCAACUCAUCCCACUCGCUCUUGAAUAUUUCCUCGAAGUCAUUCAAGAAGAUGAAGAAGACUGUGAAGGUUGCAGUGACGAUUAAUGCGAUGAUCAUAAAAAUCCAGAUAGUGAUGAGGAUGAUGACCGACCAAAGAAAGUAAAGAGAAAAUAAUAAAAGGGUGGUGAUGCUGCAGCUGCUGCUGGGCAACAAGAAUGCAAACAACAAUGA